UUUCCACUUCACAGUAAGAAGACAAAAUAUGAAGGUUCGCAUCAACGCCACCGGUGAUACCAUAGUUUUGAAAUUUGUUCGGCCCAAUCCUGAUAUCAAACUUGAAGGCUACAUUCUGGGCUAUGGUUCCAGCAUGUUCUCCAAACAGUUCAUCCAGCUUCCAGAGAAUGGUGAACCCUAUGAGACCGAGAUUGAUGCUGAGCCUAAGUACCUAGUGGCUGUUCAACCAAUUCCAACCAAUGAUGUGAAGAAGCAUUGCAAAGGUAAGGUGAAUCUGGACAAACCUCUUCAUCUGGUGAUCGACUCUGUCACACCAACAUCAGUUCUCUUGUCUUGGGGAACCUACUUAAAGACCCCAUAUGAAGGAAACAUCAUGAACGACUGCUUGGAGGAUGGGUAUUACACCAUCCGCUACAGAGAAAAAAACAGAAAGUGGAUCUAUCAGACCUGUCCUACCUCUGAUACUGUGAUUGACAACCUCAAGCCCAACACACCCUACGAGUUUGUUGUCAGAUCCAGCAAAGAUGACCACCGCAGUGGAGUGUGGAGUAAACCAGUGAUCCACAGCACCAAAAUGGAAGACAAAAUCAUGCAGAUACCCUUCAAACACAAUAGACCUCCCUUUGGCAAGGUAUCCAGGUUGGAUCCCAUCUUCCCACUUCACACUGCUAUCCACAACAAAACCCAGCAAGGACAGUUCAAAAACCCAGGCUUGAUUGGAACUACCAAGACAUCUUUUGUGCCACCAAUGGGACAGCAAGGAACCGUUGCUGCUCCAAGAGCCAAUGAGCAGAAAUGGCCUCAGCUCCCAUUGGAUUCAAUCAGUCAUGUUAGAAAUGACUCCUCUCAGCUGGUGGAGAUCCCUCCUGUCCUCCCCCAACUUCUACCCACUAAACCCUCCUAUCCUCCAGUCACCCCUACCCCCUAUUCCCUACCCAACGGUGCCCGGACAAACCACGGACACCCCCAAACCAGGCCACCUAGUGUCACUCAGCAGCCACAUAGUUCCAUUGGUAAGAACAUCCGGAAAGAACCUCUCAUCUCUUCUAUUCCACACAAACCCAAAGAUUCAAUCCUAACAAUGAACCUCAGCAACCAUUCACCACUGGGCAGAUAUCCUCAUUAUCCUUUAUCUAGCGGAAGUAGAAUUUCCUCCCCCAGGCCUGGUGACCCUUCCCGAAGAUAUGGGGCUAAUGGUGAGCACCAUAAGGGACUCUCUCUACCUAAACCAGUCCUCUGGCCCAGAACAAGAAUGGGUCCUCCAGCUGCACGCCUCCCUAAUCCAGGAGAAAAGCUAAAUUUUGUGGCCAAACCAGGAGAAAAUGGUGGGUUGAAGAGAGAACAAAAACAAAUUGUUGACAAGAUGCUGGACCAGAAUAAGGACAAAGUCUCUAUCAUGACACACAAGCCAAAAUCUGUUACAGCAAAACCCUCCAAACCAAAAACAACCUCUGCUCCGACAGUAACGGCACCCCGAUUUGAAACAUGGGAGAACUCUUCACUAUUCAGCUCUGUCCCUGCUUCAAAAGUUGACGCCAUGGGCAAAGAACGCUAUAUUGCUCCACAUGUGGUCUACAAGACGGACAAGAAGCCGGAUGAACCAUGCUCCAUCACCAACUCUCUGCGUUACUUCCUUGAAGAAGAAAGUGCAGAACAAAAUGUCACCAGCCCUCCAAGAACAGCCCCAUCAAACCUCACCGUAGUAACCGUGGAAGGAUGUCCCUCCUUCAUUAUUCUUGAUUGGGAGAAAACGGAUAAUGAGACGACACAAUAUGAAGUUAUCUCAAUUGCUAAAACCCCCGAUGGUGAACAGGUUUCCAUUCUUGUCACCAACCAAACUCAUACGGCUGUGGAGAACCUUACACCAGAGAGCAGUUAUGAAUUCAAGGUGAAGGGCAAGAAUGAACUUGGGGAAGGGCCUCCUAGUGAACCAGUGUCUUUCAGCACAGAGUCUGCGGAUCCCAGAGUCAGCGAAAACGUCUCAGGUAAAGAUGCCAUCUGGACCCAGUUCCCCUUCAAAACAGAUUCUUAUUCGGAAUGUAACGGGAAGCAGUAUGUGAAGAGGACGUGGUACCGCAAAUUUGUUGGCAUCCAACUCUGCAACUCUCUGCGGUACAAGAUCUACCUGAGUGACUCCCUUAACGGUAAAUUUUACAACAUCGGAGACCAGACGGGCCAUGGCGAGGACCACUGCCAGUUUGUAGACUCAUUCCUUGAUGGAAGAACAGGCACUCAGCUUCCUGCAGAACAGCUGCCAGUCAGGCCAGGGUUCUACAGAGCAAUGAGACAAGAGCCUGUCCACUUUGGCCAAAUAGGAGGAAGCUCCCAUGUCACCUAUGUGGCGUGGUAUGAGUGUGGUACGCCAAUCCCAGGGAAAUGGUAGGAAACGAGCAAGUGUCCACAUGAAACCCUGAAGAACAACUCUCAUUGGUUGGGCUUGGUGCCUGCUACGGUCACAUGACAGGCUUUUUUACUGUUUUUCCACCAGUGAGGGUGAGUUUGAUCACUCCUCAGCCUACAAGUCCGUACCAUGUAUAGUAGUGUACAGGAUCAAGAGUCAGGGAAUUCUUUUGAGUGCAUUCAUGAUAUGUAAUAGCAAAACAAUGCCUCAUAUCUUUAUUUAUCGUACGAUAACUAGAGCAAAGUAAAAAAUAAUUCAUUAUGAGAAAUAAACUACUUCAGAUACAUUGAAGUGACGAACAUUAUAAAGAAAGGAAAGAAUACUUGUUUAAAUAUUGGGAAGCUGGCUCCCUGAAACUAUUUUGAUAUUUUGUGUAAUUUUAUUUAUCAAAGUUUAUGGUGCCGUGUUUCUUGUAAUGGCUUUCCAGUGAGAAAGGGCGCUUUAGCGGUAAAGACGGCCUGGGCUUUUGUCUAGCACCAGAGGCAGCUGUAUUAGUUUUGUACUGAUAUUGAAGGUCUCUGAUAUUUCAGAUGUAAACUUAAACUCAUAUGUAUAGCUGGGACUCUAUUUGCGAUGUUGCUUUUAUAAACAUGUAUUAAUAGUAAGAGGCUCAAAUCAGGUUACCCACACUAACGUAGGAAGAAUGGACAUAUGUUUACAAGUUGGGAUGAAAAUAAUUGUUUUCCU